AAGUAGGCCCAUUAACCAUCCGAGUUGGUAACGGAUCCAUCCGCGCUCACGAUCUGCAUAAGAACUGAACAGCAGCCAUGAACACGAGGAGUUGAAGCCUUGAAGACCAUCAACUAUACGAUCGGAGUCGGAGGCGACAAAUCACCGAUCAUGGGCACAGACCACGGCGACGUCGAUCCCGGAGCCGGAGCCGGAGCCGGAGCCGGAGACGAGGCGGCUGAUCCUGAUGACCGCAUCAGCGGCCUCCCCGACCACCUCCUCCACGACAUCCUGAUCCGCCUCCCGGGCACCGCCGACGCGGCGCGCACGAGCAUCCUCUCCCGCCGCUGGCGCCGCGUCUGGGCUCACACCCCCGUGAUCUCCCUCGACUACAGGUGCGGUUUCGAGCCGGCGUCCCCUGGCGGCCGCGUGCCCGACCGUGUCGACGCCGCCCUGGCCGCGCACGCCGCCGGCACCGGGACGGGGGUCGUCAGCCUCAGCCUCAGCCUCAGCCUCAGCCGCCUCGAGAUCACCCUGCGGUUCGAAAGCUUGAACCACCUGCGCACGGACCGCAUCGCCGCGUGGCUGCACGUCGCCGCGCAGCGCCUUGCGGGGGAGCUCCGGAUCACGCUGCCGUUCUGCUACCACAGCGCCAUUGCCGACGGCGACGACGGCCUCGGCGAGGUCCUUCUUCCCGUGUGCGAGAGGGCCACGUCCAUCCGCCUCGACCUGAGCUACCGCACCCUGCGGUUCGCGCUGCCCCCCGCCGGAGCCGGAGCCGGAGCAGGCGGCGUGUUCUUCAAGGCGCUGGCCACGCUGACGAUACGGUUGGCCUGCCUCCACGCCCGCGACCUGGAAGCCGCCGUGUCGUCGUCUCGCUGCCCGUGCCUCAAGAAACUCGUGAUCGAGUCGAUCAGGCUGCAGCAGGACAACGGCGGCGGCGACGGCGACGACGACGAAGACGGCGACGGCGACGGUGGCGGAGCUUGUGACCUAUCCAUACGGUCCGACUCACUGGAGUGGCUGGAGAUCUCCUACGGCGUGCGAGACUACGGCCGGCUCCAUGUCGACGCCCCAAAUCUCGAGACGUUUCAUGCGUGCAUCACUUGUGGCUUGUGCGUGCUUGCCCCGAAGCUCUCGGAGGUGCGGUGGUGGAGCAGCGACGACCAUGCCUAUGACUCGAGCCGCCAUCAUCUCGCACGCGCCGGCCACCAACUCCGGCGCCUAGAGGUAGGAGCCGAUUCGUCUGGCCUCGCUUUGAUGCGGCAGUUCAACACGGUUGACGAGCUGGGCCUCACUGUAAACCUGAAGCGGGGUGUAGAAGAAUACGAGAGAUUUCUGAAGUACACGGAUACACUUGCCAAGAUUUAUGAUGAUAGAGCAUGGCUUUCAGCCAGCUAUGCUACACCUUCUCCGGAAAUGUGCUGGCGUACCAAGGCUUGUGGUGCAGCUGAGCAACAGGCUGGAUGGCUACCCCUACCCAUGCAAGGUGUCAUGAGGAUGUCCAUGUAGCCGACUAGAGAACUGCAAGACACAGAAUGUUGUGUUGGAUUCACUUGAAGAAAUUGUAAUAAACGACCAUGGAUGCGUUGACCAUAAAGCUGAACUUGUGAGGCUAUUGUGCCGAUGCAGCACAAGAUUUCACAAAAAAGUGGCCAUUACCGUCUGGCACAGUGGACGAACAGAUGAUCUCCGUAACAAGAUUUUUAGUAUUUGUCCUCCAAACAACAAAACUGAAAUCACUAUACAGCAGUGCACGUGAACUGGGACUUUGGGUCCCUACCACACUGUGGUUUGUAAAUCUUCUUUUAGCACAGCUCGCAACGGUUUCAUGUUCUGUGGUUGUGGCACUAUUUAUGCACUGUUGUAGUAUCGUUAUUCAUUGAGCAGUUUUUCUUUCACCUCCUUUCAAAACAACUAGAAACCAAGUGGUUUCAUCGGCUUAUGGAAGCUGGUGCUAUAGUGUUGAAAGUGAAAAAGCUGAAGCCGGUACAAACUUUGCCAUA